CAUCCGGUUAGCAGGAGACUUGCCCAUCUGAGAUGCGGGGUAUCCCCAGACACAUAAAUUCAUCAUCGAGUGGAGGAAAAAGAGGUAGAAAUUGGCAUCCAUCAUGAUGAUGCUUGCGCUUUUUCUCUUCUCCGCCCUCGUGGCUGGAAGCACCAACUUAACCGUCCGCACCAGAACUGGCAUCUUUACUGGCCUCCUCAAUCCCGAGUAUCCCUCCGUACGUGAAUUCCGCGCCAUUCCCUAUGCCCAACCCCCUGUAGCCUCCCGUCGAUGGCUUCCACCUGCAACCCUCCCCAGUUCCAACAAAGCCCAUUACGCAACCAACUUUCCUCCCUCCUGUCCCCAAUAUGUCUCCUCCAACCCAACCGUCUUCAGCAACAUCGUCCCCGAGUUCUUCAUAUGGGACGGCAACGAGAACACCACAGCGGGGCUAAUGGCCCAAGCCAGCUCCGAAGACUGCCUCCAACUCGCCAUCUGGGCCCCAUCCAAUGCCAACACCUCCAACCUCCCCGUCCUCCUCUUCAUGACCGGUGGCGGGUUCAAAACCGGGGGCAUCAACGUGCCCUACCAACUUCCCGCCUCAUGGGUAUCCCGAACCCAAAGCCAUAUCGUCGUAACAAUCAACUACCGCGUCAACAUCAUGGGUUUCCCCAACGCCGCCGGCCUUGACGAUCAAAACCUGGGUAUCCUCGACCAACGCGCCGCCUUAGAAUGGGUCCAUGAAAACAUCCACCAUUUCGGCGGUGAUCCCACCGCCAUCACUCUCUGGGGCCAAUCGGCCGGGUCCAUCUCCACCGACUUCCACACCUACGCCUGGCACGAUAAUCUCAUCGCGCGAGCCACCUUCUCUCAAUCCGGAACGGCCAUAAAACCACUUGACAACGCCGACCACGCCCACACCAACUUCACAUUUGUCGCCAAACACAUGGGAUGCGAUUUCCCUACCAACCCUGCAGCAGAGCUCGACUGCAUGCGCCAAGUCUCUGUCAAUCGCAUCGAGAACUUCGUCGGCCAGUACUCUGACUCUAAAACCACCCCAUCAUUAGUCUUCACGCCAAUCGCAGACGAGAAAAUUGUCUUCUCAGACUAUCCCGCCCGCGCAGCAAAUGGUCUAAUCGCAAAUACCCCCGCUAUCAUGUCCAACUGUGCCAACGAAGCAGCUGCACUCUAUACAUACCCCAGUACCAAUGUGACCGCCGGACCCUGGCAGCCGGGUGUAAACGCCGCAACGCUGAAUGACUGGCUAUGCGUUACCGCCCAUACCAGUAUCGUGCGCCACAACGCAGGCCGGAAGACAUACCGGUAUCAAUACGCCGGCAACUUUACGAAUCUGAGUCCGUUCCAUUGGAUGGGGGCAUAUCAUUCGAGUGAUCUCGCCAUGAACUUUGGGACGUAUUCGGAUUUUCGUGGAGAGGGGAUGGAAUUGGAGAAGGAGACCAGUGAGGUCAUGCAGGAUUAUUUGCUUGCGUUUGCUAGGGAUCCUGAGAGGGGAUUGGAGGGGAAAGGGUGGGAGGUAUUUAAUCCGUAUGCGGGUGAUGGGGGGCUCGUCAAAAGGUUUGGGGCUGAUGGAAGGGCAGAGCAGAAUGUGAGUGGGGUGGAGGUGCAGGGGGCGUGUUGGGGUGAGGAGACUUAUGAUGCGUUUCCUUGAUGGUUUAGCAACCUUGCUUAGUGUCUGAUUGACAUUGGAUACUUUAUUGUGUAAAACAUACCACAAGGUCCCAAGGCUUUGGGACAGACACAGCAGGAUUUCAUGCCGAGUCGCUAACUUUAAAAUUAGCUGCUGAGCUGCUGGGGAUUAUGCAUGCUUUCGGAACUAUGUAGAUCUGCAGUCCAGUCUUAGAUCGAGUAAACUCUAAAAGCAAUCAAGAAUGUUACUCAUCACCACAUUCCACCUAAAUCUCCGUGGACUUCAGCCUGACCUACACCCCCGAAGACGUCUAAUUUGAGUGCUGUAACUGUAU